AGAAGAAAAUUAUUGCAAAAUUUUGUAAAAAUUGUAAAAUAUUUCCCAAAAAGUUAAUAUUUAUAAAAAAUAAUUGUCACUACACAUAAUUAAUAACAAUGCCAAUACAGCUGGAUAAAAUUUUAGGCGAUAUUGCCAAUGAAAAAGUAUUGCAUCCCAACUAUCAGGGCGCCACAAAAAAAGAAAUUGAUGACGCCUGGACUAGAGUGGGAAAAAAUAGCAAUUUAUCAGUGCAUGAAUCUCGAUCAAUUUUUAAAGUGUUGCAAAAAAAAUACGAGCAAGAGAAAUUGAAAGAUUCCUCUACCUGGAAGUUGUUUGGUCUUAUGGAUCAAAUACACAAAAAAGUAGUAGAAGAAAAAGCUGAUGCUAAAGAAGAUGAGCCCACUGCACCCAUUGAAGAAGACGAGGAGUAUGAGAUGCUGGAGGUACAGGAAGAGGAAGACAAUGGUCAGCAGGGUCAUUCAGGUGAGUCAGCCUCAGAAGGUGAAAGUCCAGCAAAAUCAAAUAGUUCUACUGCAUCGCCAGAAAAAGAAGAGAAACCUGUUGCAAAAGCUGUGACCCGUCAGCAGACUACACCAACAAGUAAUGCUCAUCAUCAGGGAGAAAAGACGCCCUCAACAAAACUGCUAAAUACUUUAGCAGCCAACACUCCGAAAAGCAACUCAAAUAUGGCUACACCACAGACGCCGUCAGCCACUGCAGCUGCUUUGCAAAAGAAAGGCAUCACCAUGAAAAAGACCGCUGGCAAUCAACAUAGUCGCUCUUUAAUUAAUCAAAAUCUUAAAAAUCAACAAGGUAAAAUAAGUGGACGUACAGCUGCAAAUGCUGGAGCUAUGCAUGGAUUAGAAGUUGGAAAAACUAUACAAUUGCCAGACUCGUUGAAACGUAAAUUAUCAGAAGACCAACCUUCGACCCCACAAACAAAAAGAGCAAAUCAACAGAGUACACCACAAUCGUCGAACAGUGCUUCACCUUCAGCAAAAUCUGCUUCGCCACAUAGACAACAGCACACAACCACAGCUCAACUUUUGCAACUUAAACAAGAACGCACUGAUCAGCAGCAACAACAACAGCAAUCUGCGGCCUCUAAUGUCACAAAUGCUUCAAACACCUCGGGCAUUAAUCUUAUUACAAUUCCAGCUAAUCCUUCGGGUACGGGCCUUGUUAACGGCCUCAUAUCCACCGGAGGAGGUGGUCCUUCAUCAUCUACCGCUGCCACAGUAGCUUCAACCGCUUCUACCAACGGUUUUUCACCCCGUAUAGAAGACAUUGAUUUUCGCAAUGAUAUUAUUUUUGAUGCCAAUACCGGUGUUAACGGCGCUACCCUCACCGGUAAAGUGGCCAACACAUCAGAGAUAAUCAAUCUUGGCAAUUUCGACAACUCAUUGCCACCAACAUUCUUCAAAAAUCUAUGCAAUUCUUCGCGACAUGAAGCCUUGGGUCUAUAUGUUGCCAAUGUCAUGAAUCGUUUACGCCCUCGCUCGGCCGCCAAAUUGGAAGUGGGUAUUCUAAGAGCUAUUUUAGACAUACAGAGCGAGGAAUUGGAACAGUAGUUUGCUUAAAAGCCCUAGUAAUAGUUCAGUAAUUAUAAACAUUUUAAACUUGAAAAACUUCCCCGUAUUACCUUUUUUUAACAAAAUUUUGUCCGCUUUUUUUGUGUUUAUGUUUUAAUUCUAUAUUCCAAUUAUUUUAAAUUAUUUUAAAAAUUAAUGGUAAAAACUAACAAAAUAAACUAUACAAAACCGUUUAGUUAUUAAGCUAAAGUUUUUUUUAAAUAAA